GGGCAUGCGCACUGGGCGUCGUCGCGCCGCCGCCCGUCAGCUGAGAAUUGCCUCACAGAGCUGAGGGGCCGGUGGGUGCCUGUGGGCACCGAAGGAGGAGGAAACCGAGGAGGUCGGGGUGACUGCCUAGAGUACUGCGUAGCCUACCAACAUCUGAUGAAAUUAGCGAGUCAGCAAGUCAGCCAUGUCUUACACUCCAGGGAUUGGUGGGGACCCUGCCCAGCUGGCUCAGCGCAUCUCUUCCAACAUCCAGAAGAUCACACAGUGUUCUGUAGAAAUACAAAGGACACUGAAUCAACUUGGAACGCCUCAAGAUACACCUGAAUUGAGGCAACAGCUGCAACAGAAGCAGCAGUAUACUAACCAACUUGCCAAAGAGACAGAUAAGUACAUUAAAGAGUUUGGAUCUCUGCCCACCACCCCCAGUGAACAGCGUCAAAGGAAAAUACAGAAGGAUCGCUUAGUGGCUGAAUUCACAACAGCACUGACAAACUUUCAGAAGGUCCAGAGGCAAGCUGCUGAGAGAGAGAAGGAAUUUGUCGCUCGAGUAAGAGCCAGUUCCAGAGUGUCUGGCGGUUUUCCUGAGGACAGCUCAAAAGAAAGGAAUCUUGUGUCCUGGGAAAGCCAAACACAACCUCAAGUGCAAGUGCAAGAUGAUGAGAUUACAGAAGAUGACCUCCGCCUCAUUCACGAGAGAGAGUCUUCUAUCAGGCAGCUUGAAGCUGAUAUUAUGGAUAUUAAUGAAAUAUUUAAACAUUUAGGAACAAUGAUUCAUGAACAGGGAGAUGUGAUAGACAGUAUAGAAGCCAAUGUAGAAAGUGCAGAGGUACAUGUUCAGCAAGCAAAUCAGCAGCUGUCCCGGGCAGCGAAUUAUCAGCGCAAAUCCAGGAAAACCCUGUGCAUCAUCAUUUUUGUCCUUGUCAUUGGAGUUGUGAUUGUCGGUCUCCUCAUAUGGGGACUGAAAUCCUAAAGUUGUAAGGAGCACACUGCUGUACUACAUUGUCUAGAUUAUGUGGGAAGAUGCCUGUAAUCAUGUUUCUAUUAUUAUGUUAAAACUAUUGCAAAGGAUGGUUCCCAUACUUAGUUAUUUUCAUGGGGGAGGGGUUCCUUUGGAUUAAAUCUGAUAUUUUCUAAUACUAAAAGUUUUUCUAAGUAUCAUCGCUAGCAUAACUGUCAUGCUUUUUAAUUUAAUAACUGUAGGGUUUCUGCCCACAUCGCACAUGGCUUUCAUCUGUAAUUUAUUUACCUGUUUGACUUUGGGAAUUAGUAAACUUAAAGAUAUGCGUAUUCUGUGCACAUUUCUCGGUCGCUGUGUAACAUGCACCAGAUUUAUGUUACUUCAAUUAAAAUCUCUAAUUUUGAUUUGGAACAGUGGAAAAAAAUAUUCUCAGUAACUGAAAAAGUUAACAUAUCUGUCUGUAUUUAUUUUCUAGUUCACAGUAGCACAAAUUGUUUAUUUCGUUUUUAUUAUUGGAUCUUUUUGAUACCCUUGUUUUCUCUGAAUAAAAUUAAUGAAUAAUUUCAGGUAUAUCUUAUGCACCUGAUGUAUAUAUAUUAAGCAUUUGUGGUAGAUUGCUGAGUAAAAAUAGUAAGAUUAGAUUGUUCUUACGUAUGGUCUAUUAAAGUCUGAUAUUUACUAGGAAAAGUGUAGAUACUAUACAUGUAUAAUGUAAUUUGGAGGAAGAAAAUUAAAAGAUCCAUAUUGAUUUCUAUUCUGUUUGGAUUCUAGAGUCCAACUUGUUAUUCCACUGAACUAUCUUAACAGUACCAUCUGGUUUUGGGGGCCAUUAUUUACUUUCCCUUAUGCCUAAAGAGUAAUGACUACAUAUGUACCUUUUGGUCAAACUUACUUUUAGGAAGUAAUUUUCCCACCGUUAUUGUUUUCAAGCACCUAAGAGUUAAAUUGUAUUGUUUACAUUUUAUGCCAUUUUGUACUAUGCUUCCUUAGAAAAGAAACUGGAUGUUUGCCAAUGAACUCACUUGCCUUUUUAAAUUGAAGUUGUUUUAAUGCACUAAUCUGAAUACUGUUAAGAGAUUGGUUAACUUAGUUUGUAGUUUGUAUUUUAUACUGUUCUUAUAUAGUAGUUUGGUAGUGAAGAUAUUGUUUAACAUAGCAAUCUCUGAGACUUCAAAUGGGAACAGAUGAAAUAUGAAAUAAGUAAAUAAGCUGUAUCCUUGCAACCAAAAUAAAAAAGAUUUAAAAGGUC